AUGGUACGCUACGUCACAGCUCUGCUCGCGCUGCGUCAAGUCAGCGAGAGCAAGUCAUUUUUCCCUGACCAAAAAAGCGUUUUGGUAGCUGCUUCAACCACCGUGCCGCAUCAGCCGGGAGAGAAAAACAUCCAUCCACGACGACGAGGAGGCAGGGUGCGAAUACAGCAACGCCCAUUCAGACAUCUACUGUCUCUACACGACUGCAUCAGUGGCCUUAACCUCCCCACAUCUCUCUCCGUGGUCCUCCUCCGCGUCACCCCUCCUCUUCCUGCGAGCGCCUGGCUCUUCAUUCUCCUCGCCGCCUCUUGCCAUCGCGUCCAGCUGUGGCCCUCGCAGGGCGCGCUCGCUGGCUCUCACCUGCCAGGUCCCUGGCCUCAGGACGACAGCCAGCACCAACACGUUCCCUACAUGAGGGACAAAGCCACGCAGACCCCCAGGGCCUGGGCAGAUGAGAGGAGGAGGGGCUCUCACAAACGCUCGGCCUCCUGUGGGAGCACCGACCAGCUCAAGGAGAUUGCCAAAUUGCGUCAGCAGCUUCAACGCAGCAAACGCAGCAGCCGCCAUCGGAGGGAUAAAGACCGCAAGUCCCCGUUCAAUGGCAGCCACACCAUCAUCCAGUCGCAGUCACCUAUGCCCAAGACCAUCCUGAUACCCAUUCCUAUCUCCAAGUCAUCCGCCCCUCGCUUCCGAAACAGCGUGGAGGGCCUGAACCAGGAGAUCGAACGCAUCACCAUCCAAGACACUCCUGAAAAGGAAGAGAUCAUAGUUCCACAGGAUGUCCCAGAUGGGCACCGUGCACCCCCACCCGUCCCCCCGCAGCGCAGCAGCAGUACCCGCAGCAUUGACACGCAGACCCCCUCCGGAGGCGGCCUGAGCGGUAACCACAGCAACUGCAGCAGCCGUCCCGACUCCAUCUCGCCCUCCUACCUCACCGUCCUCAACGACAUGAGUGGAGGCAGCCCCUACGAGGACAAAGAGCUGGGCCCUUACUCCCCUCUGCCAAAAUACGCCGCCUCUCCCCGACCCAACAACAGCUACAUGUUCAAGAGGGAACCUCCAGAGGGCUGUGAGAAGGUCAAAGUGUUCGAGGAGUCCAUUCCCAAGCCUCUACAGGAGAUCCCUCCCUUCCUGUGUCCCGACCGCAACAAGGUCAACUUCAUCCCAAACAGCGGCUCUGCCUUCUGCCUCGUCAGCAUCCUCAAGCCCUUACUCCCCGCCCCGGACCUCAACUUCCGCUCCGGGGUGGGCCUACGAAGCCUGUCCCCUUCCCUCGUGCCUCUGUCCACCCAGCCCUGCCUCCUGGAGGAGCCCGAGAGCUUCUGAUGCCCCCCCCCCUCACCCCCCCUUCAAAAUCUCCCCCUUCAAAAUCAGAAAACACUGGAAACAACCCUUCUGCUCCAAAACAAAUGCCUUCAGCAUGCCAGCUAAGCUCUCUCUGAUGUCUUUCUCUUGUUGAAAAAGCGCUUCCCACUGCCUCUCCUCCUCAGACGACUACAACGUGAGAGUCCUGCAGCGCCGCACGGGUGUUUGCAGCUAACAUUUCAUCGCUUUCUUCUACCUUUAGUGCUGGUUAUGUUCCUGUUUUUUAGGAGGAAAAGGGCGAAAAAAAAGGACAGACUCUUUAUUUCAUCGUAUUAUACCAUGGCGCCUUUCCACGGACAUAUCUCUUUUUCUAUCUGUAGUUAUUUCUCUUGAUAUAAAAUAUGCCUUCCAUUAAGAAAAAAAAAGGCCGCUGGGUUUUUUUGGCGACCAAGAGUUUGACCAUGGAAGCUAAUAUUGGUGCUGCCAGAUUUAUCGUAGCAAAACUUGAACGGUCGUGACAAGGAGAAGUAAAAAAAAAAAAAAAAAAAAAAAAUGUGCCUGAUAUUUUAGACCGAUCAGUUUCGCUAAACCGGCGUAAUGCUUGGAUCAUGUUUGUUUCUUUAGCAUGACUCACAUGAUUUCUGCACUACGGCGGCCUUAGAUACUCACAGAAAGGCAGGGACCUAUUAAGACCACCUGUGAACUAAAUCCAGACAUCUGUUUUGUACUUUCUCAGAAAUUUGGGAGUCAAAUUUGACUGUAAUCUGGUACAAAGUGAUGAUGCCUUUUUACACCAAAUGGUAGCAGUGAAUCAGUCCCCUGCCAGUCAGUGUGCAUCUAUGGGAAACACAGGCCAGGGCUAUGAUGUGUGCAGCGUUUUCAACCCGUGUCUGCCGGCCCCUUCUUUACCAAGCGCCAACCUUUUUUAGCUCAAAAUGUCCCUUUUUUUACACCACCUCUAUCGCACCCUCCCUACCUUCUGUUUUUCCAGCUCUUUCUCUCCUGUUUUUCUCCCUCACUGUCACUGUAAUGAUCAUUCCCUUCUGUCUUGCUCAGUGUUGUUGUAAGAUGUGUCCAGAGAGGCCUUGUCCUCACAGGACAGGCUCCUUCUGGCUUGCAGGGCCCUGAGCAUGGAGAGGUUGUUGAAUCCAAAUACUACACUGUCAAAGAACAAGGGUAGAUCUGGGGCUAAACAUCAGAUCUUAGCUACCUACUCCUUUCAUUGCUAAGAUGUGCAUCUCCUGCCCUGAAUUUUAGGUAUAAAAUCAGAGCAUUAUCUUUAAAGUGAUGCAUUUCCUCUUGUUUUAAAGCCGCAACGUUGCAGUUUUGAUUCACCUCUGUGGAUCUGACCAACCUAACCUCCAGACAAAACAUGCAGUUUAUAGCAACGCCCAAAUGUUUCUCACAGGAGCUUUAACUUGGAUUGGUGCACAGAGGUACAUGAUAGUACUUUUUCCCAAACCAAGCCUCACAAAUCUCACAUGUGGAACCCUGAAUUGUGUUAUUUAUUUCUCUCAAUUUAUAGUGGGAAGCUAAAUGAGAAAAUCAGGGCCUUUAAAAGGAUUGCAUUUUUGUUUUGAGUAAUUUGACAGUUUAGUUCUCCCAAAAGAAAAUGCAGAAUCCUUUUUUUACCUUUGCCUAAAAAUGUUUUGAAUUGAAAAUGUCUGAAAGGAAACAUGUUUGACUCACACAUAUGAUAAGCAGUAGUCUGAUCCCUCUCAGUGUAGUAUGUUGCUUACCUUCCUCUCCAUGCCUCGACCCAUCCUCCUGUAUAUGUCACUACUACUUGACUGUGCCUGCUACGGUGGGAUAGGAAUGUACUGGAUCUGUAAAUAUAGAGGCACACUGUGUUUGUAUUAUCGGCUGACAAAGAUAUGUAUCUGAAUGAGUUAACAAUUGUACCAUAUGGCUCCUACUCCUCCUCCUCCUAUUCCUGCUUUCUCUCCGCUGAGUACUGUGAAUUACAUGUCUCAUUAUUGUGAAUAAUGUAUUUAUUUAUCAGGAGUGUAAUUUGGUGUGCAGAGAAUUUUAAUCCAGAAUAGAUUACAUCGUCCAUCUCAGGUUGUAGUGAAUAGGAUACAAAGAGAAAAGAUAUACUUACUUCUCAGCGCACACUAACAAGUCUACACUACUUCAAAGAGAGCAAACCAACAGCUGCUAUCUAUGUAGCCUCCUCACACAAAGGAACAUGUGACUGACGUUAACCUGUAGCAGAGUAAAAGUAGAGAGAAGUGUGGAUGUUAUUUAUCCAGUGACCUGAUUUGGCAUGUUUCUAAAAACUAUCUGUUUUAAAAAUGGGAUAUCCACUUGCUGAAAAACAAUCACACACACAGAGCGACAUGUUCUUCUUUGUCGUUUUUAGAUGUCUGUUUACAAGAAGAAAAAAUAGUUUCAGAGUAGAUUCAUACAUGUGAGAGAAUACAGAUUUAUUUCAGAUACCAGUUGUUUUUUGUUCAAAGUGGAUGAUUAAAGCAUUUUGGAAUGAGGCUCAAAACAAGACAACACAAAUGUUCUUUGUUUGCUUGUCCAGUUUAUUGGAAACAGAACUGCCGAGUUUUCAUCUGUUAAACCCCUCGAGUGAAAUAAAAAGGCAUAGUUGAAUU